AGGUACCUAUUACAUCAUUUCUUUGGUGAAGGCUAUUCAGCACCAGUGACUUCUUCCAAUCGACCACUCCACAAAUUAUUACCUCUGGACUCCCAGCUGACACCCUGCCGGAGGCUAGAGCUACUGAGACAACUGGAAUUGUGCCCGUUCUCGUCAAGGUUUUUUCUUUCACGGAAAAAAAAGAAAAGAUGAAGUUGGGCAAAGUGGAGUUUUGCCAUUUUCUGCAGAUACUAGCUCUUUUCCUGUGUCUUUCUGGGAUGAAUCAAGCAGAGCUUUCGAGGUCCAGGUCAAAGCCCUACUUUCAAUCAGGGAGGACAAGAACCAAACGCAGCUGGGUGUGGAAUCAAUUCUUUGUCCUGGAAGAAUACAUGGGUACAGACCCACUCUAUGUAGGAAAGCUUCACUCUGAUGUUGAUAAAGGAGAUGGUUCCAUCAAAUACAUCUUGUCAGGCGAAGGGGCAAGUUCCAUUUUCAUUAUUGAUGAGAACACGGGGGAUAUUCAUGCUACAAAGAGGCUGGAUCGAGAAGAGCAGGCCUACUACACGCUCCGAGCACAAGCACUAGAUAGGCUGACUAAUAAACCCGUGGAACCAGAAUCUGAGUUCGUCAUUAAGAUUCAGGACAUCAAUGACAAUGAGCCAAAAUUUCUGGAUGGUCCUUACACUGCUGGAGUUCCUGAGAUGUCUCCUGUGGGUACCUCUGUGGUUCAAGUGACAGCCACUGAUGCAGAUGAUCCUACUUACGGCAACAGUGCUCGAGUGGUUUACAGCAUAUUGCAAGGACAACCUUACUUUUCUGUGGAGCCAAAAACAGGUGUUAUCAAAACUGCCCUUCCGAAUAUGGAUAGAGAAGCCAAGGACCAAUACCUACUCGUUAUUCAAGCAAAAGACAUGGUUGGGCAAAAUGGUGGAUUAUCAGGGACUACAUCUGUAACUGUCACCCUGACUGAUGUUAAUGACAACCCCCCCCGCUUUCCACGACGAUCAUAUCAGUAUAAUGUCCCAGAGUCUUUGCCAGUGGCUUCUGUGGUGGCCAGAAUAAAAGCUGCAGACGCAGAUGUGGGACCUAAUGCUGAAAUGGAGUAUAAGAUUGUGGAUGGUGAUGGUUUGGGAGUAUUCAAAAUUUCUGUUGACAAAGACACCCAAGAGGGAAUCAUAACAAUUCAGAAGGAGCUGGAUUUUGAAGCUAAAACAAGCUAUACCCUGAGGAUAGAAGCAGCCAAUAUGCACGUUGACCCUCGGUUCCUGAGUCUGGGACCCUUCAGUGACAUGACAACAGUGAAGAUAAUUGUAGAAGAUGUUGAUGAGCCGCCUGUGUUUACUUCACGUUUGUACUCCAUGGUGGUGUCUGAAGCAGCAAAGGUCGGCACUAUCAUUGGAACAGUAGCAGCCCAUGAUCCAGAUGCCUCAAAUAGUCCUGUCAGGUACUCAAUAGAUCGAAACACUGACCUGGAGAGGUAUUUCAAUAUUGAUGCUAAUAGUGGAGUCAUUACAACUGCCAAAUCUUUGGACAGGGAAACUAAUGCUGUUCAUAAUAUCACAGUUUUGGCUAUGGAGAGUCAGAAUCCAGCACAGAUUGGGAGAGGUUAUGUAGCCAUUACAAUCCUUGACAUCAAUGACAAUGCUCCUGAGUUUGCCAUGGAGUAUGAGACAACGGUCUGUGAAAAUGCUCAACCUGGUCAGGUGAUCCAGAAAAUCAGUGCAAUUGAUAAAGAUGACCCACCAAAUGGCCAUCAGUUUUACUUCAGUUUAACAGCAGAGGCAGCAAAUAACCACAAUUUUACACUGCAGGACAACAAAGAUAACACUGCAACGGUAUUAACCAGAAGAAAUGGAUUCCGACGACAGGAACAGUCUGUUUUCUACUUGCCAAUAUUCAUCGUGGACAGUGGAUCACCUUCGCUUAGUAGCACCAAUACCCUCACCAUCAGAGUCUGUGAUUGUGAUGCAGAUGGUAUUGCUCAGACAUGCAAUGCAGAAGCAUAUAUCUUGCCUGCAGGACUUAGCACUGGAGCCCUGAUAGCAAUAUUGGCUUGUGUCUUGACACUGCUAGUUCUCGUCUUGCUGAUUGUCACUAUGAGGCGAAGGAAAAAAGAGCCCCUCAUUUUUGAUGAAGAGAGAGAUAUCAGAGAGAACAUUGUCAGGUAUGAUGAUGAGGGUGGUGGAGAAGAAGACACCGAGGCUUUUGACAUGGCUGCCUUGAGAAACCUCAACAUUAUCCGAGACACCAAGACCAGAAGGGAUGUGACACCUGAGAUUCAGUUCCUGAGCAGACCAACUUUUAAAAGCAUCCCAGAUAACGUAAUUUUUAGGGAAUUUAUCUGGGAAAGACUAAAAGAAGCUGACGUGGACCCCUGUGCACCACCCUAUGACUCCCUGCAGACAUACGCAUUUGAGGGGAAUGGCUCGGUGGCAGAGUCACUCAGUUCUUUAGAUUCGAUCAGCUCAAACUCUGACCAGAACUAUGAUUACCUCAGUGACUGGGGCCCUCGCUUUAAAAGGCUUGCGGAUAUGUAUGGGACUGGACCAGACUGCUUAUACUCAUAGCCUUGGAACCUUUCUCUGAAAAUGCACUGAAGAAUACUAAAACAGAAAACUCAACCUUACAGAC